AUGUCACUUUCUCCAGCAGCAUCGUCGGCAUCGUCUCCAGGAGAUGUGGAUGAAUAUUUAGUUUGUUUGUGGUCGAGAUGUUAUCGUACAUUUGAAGAUGCUGACUCUUUGUAUGCUCAUCUGUCAACGUAUCACGUCGGUCGAAAAUCAACUGGAAAUUUGUGUUUAGAUUGUCAUUGGGAAGAUUGUGAUGUAAGCACCACAAAAAGAGAUCAUAUUACGAGUCAUUUAAGAAUUCACGUUCCUUUAAAACCACACCGUUGUGAGACAUGUAAAAAAGCUUUUAAACGACCUCAAGAUUUAAAAAAACAUCAUAAGAUUCAUUGUGAAAGUCAUAGGGAGCAAUUAAAUAAAAUGAAACAUCAUCGAAUCAUUAAAAAAAUUUUGUGCCCCCCUACUCCUCCUUAUCAUCAUCCUUAUCUUCCAACUCCAAGCCCCUUGAUUCGUGUGGGGCACAACAAUCAUCCUUGUUCAUCUUACCAUCCAAAACUUUCUAAUGCUCCUCCAGUAAAUCAUCUUGAGCCUCCAUCGAGUCUGACUUAUAAAAUGAAACCUCAUGAAAAAACUUAUCAACCAGAUACAAUAAGUGCAUAUAAUUCCAAUUCCACGAAUCUGCUGGAAAUCUGGAAGGACAAAAAAACCAACGAGAGAUUACCUCCACUUUCUUCAAUUAUUGAUCCUAUACUCCCGUUUUCUUCAAAGAAAAUAUUCUAA